ACUCUCCUGAAGGUAAUGAGGAAUCGAUUCAUUUUUUGACUCCUCAUUAUGCUAUGCUGCAGAACAGCUGUAUAAAAUUUCACAAUCAACCCUGAAUCCAACCCGUGUGUUGAGGGUGAGCUGGGCUGCUAAAUGAGUAACAACCGACAUUAAAAUGCUCUCAAAUUCAAGCAUAUUACCUAAACUCUACCUAUCCAUCGUUGAUGAUGUGAUGGAGAGUGUCCGAGAGCUGUUCAUCGAUGAAGGAGUGGAAGAGAGAGUACUAGAUGAACUUAGGCAGCUGUGGGAGUCAAAGGUUCUUCAGUCGAAAGCUGUGGAAGGCUUUGCUCAAGAGAACAUCAAUCCAUCCAACUUUGUCCUGCAGCUUCCUGCAAAUUAUUCCCAAACACUUCAGAAAUCCACAGCUUCUGGGGUUCUCCCUGCCAGGCAGCAGAGUUUCACAGGGAAAGCUAGCAACACUGGCACAAUUGCGACAUUUUCUCUGCCACCUGGAGUCACUUAUCCUGUUCAGAUCCCUGCAGGUGUGACGCUACAGACUGCUUCAGGCCACUUCUACAAAGUGAAUGUUCCUGUGAUGGUGACUCAGGCUCCAGGUUGCCAGCGCAUGCCUCCUCUAGCCAGCCAACCCCAUGCGGAGCAAAGAAACCUGCCCUCUGCUAUUGUUCAUAACCUCCCUGCUUCCCAGGUGCCUCCUCCACCCCCGUGUCACCAAUCCGUACCUGCUCCUCAAGACCCCAAACCGCUGAUACACCAACAGAACCAGGUGAUUCAGCAUUCUCAGAUCCCUGUGGAUCCUCCUAUUGAGGCUCAGGUCCCUCCUGAGCCUCCUGUUAACCCCCAGCCUUCAGAGUCGCCCCUGGGAAACCUGGAUGAGUUUACGCUGGAUGGAAUUGUCUUCAGCCCACAGCCACUGGACACGAGCACUCCAUCAUGUCUCUCAGCAGAGCAGAUGGUGGAAAGGGCUGUUGAAGUGGCAGGAGAAGCCCGGCUUAAUGCUGAGGACACACUGCGUCAUUUCCUGCCUGAUUUGGAAAGGACAUCUGAUGGUGCACUUAAGAGUCUACAAUCAUCCCCUCAGCUGGACAUGGACCUCCUAAGGGACUACAACUUCAACGAGUUGACUGACAUCCCGCAGCUCGAUGGAGUGUGUGACAGCAGUUCAGAGGCAGGAGAUGAUCAGGAGGAGGAAAGGGAGUAUCGAGAGCCUGUUGGGGAAAACGAGUUCUUGGGUAUGAUUGAUGCUGAAGCUCUGCAGGCGCUCCAGGGAGUUGGAGGAAGCAGUGAUGGAAACAGCAGCUCCAGCAGUGAUGGGGAUGAGCCUGAGCUGGAGGAAGAGGAAGAGGAUCCACUGAACUCUGGAGAUGACGUAAGCGAGCAAGACAUACCCGAGAUCUUUGAUACUGAGAACAUCAUUGUCUGUCAGUAUGAUAAGAUUCAUCGCAGUAAAAACAGGUGGAAGUUUUAUCUGAAAGACGGCGUGAUGUGUUACAGUGGUAAGGACUAUGUUUUCUCCAAAGCUGUCGGGGAGGCUGAGUGGUGAGCUUGAAGAGGAAAAGCAUGAGACGAAAUGCUCUAUAGGAUUUUUUUUUUUUCCCCCCCUCAAAUUUGAAGUUUUAUGUAACUUAUUAGUUGUCUCAAAUCUCAGACUUUAAGGAAAGAAACACGAUGCCUAUAUGAUGCUCUCAAUAUAUACUGUAUAUAGUU